AUGAGCAGUCACACCCUCAACCCUUCCAUCUACCAACCUCUAGACAACCCAUCCCAAGAAAUCAGAUUGCUUCAGAUAAAGAGCUCGCCAACUUUCUCUCCUGGAUUUGUCACCCCGGUAACCAUUGUCACCUUCCUGAGCUCCUUGCUUUACCCGCCACCACGCCAAAGAGGAGCACCAAUCACAUGCAGGCUUCUGACAUUCAAGCUUGACGAGGCUCCGCCGUACAAGGCUUUGUCCUACACUUGGGGUAGCCCGGAUCCUGCCGGCACUAUAUGGGUAGAUGGCCAUGGCAUACCGGUUGGCCAGAACUUAUUUACCGCUCUACAGCGCUUGUAUGAAGACCCUUCAAUUGAGUACGUCUGGGCAGAUGCUCUCUGCAUCAACCAGAGCGAUGACGAUGAAAAGAGCCACCAGGUACCCCUUAUGAGCCAGAUUUACAGCCGGGCUAAGACUAUUCUCAUAUGGCUUGGGGAAGAGCUUAAUUCCACAGAAAAGGCCUUCUCGUUUAUGCAGACAUCGCUUUCUUACGCACUAGAGCUUAUGGGCGGGAUGGAAGCUGACUAUCAAAACGGCGGAUCGACCUGUCCUCGGAUGGAAGCGUUUAUGCCAGAAAAGAUAGAAUCUCUCAAUAACGACUCGAACAGGCAAGCGAUGAAGGAACUUUGCGGGAACCCUUACUGGAAGAGGGUCUGGGUGCUUCAGGAGUUCACACACGCCUCCCGUUGUCAUCUCAUCUGUGGCCGCCACAGCUUUGAUAUGAGCAAUAUGGCUGCUUUCCUCUUCUUUUGGGAAACGGCGUUUAAAUUGCAGCUGGGCUUUGCUGGAAGCUCUGACUGGCAUGCCAAUGUUUUCAGACCUUUGAGAGAAUUUCUUGACAUCAGAACCGGCACCGCUGAUGGUCAAGCUGAUACAUUCAACUUCCACAGAGAUAAGGAUUCAACCUUUCCAGACAUCCCUUCUUGGAUCCCCGACUUUCGAAGAAUCGGAAAUGCGGAAUUCCCAUAUGCGUACCCCAUUUUCAUGUCAGGCUUUGGCCAUAAAAACAAACUCGACGCUUCUGGGUUAAAGGAUCCAUUGUACUCAUUCAACGACAAGCAUCUCACAGCCAGGGGUUUUUCAUUCGACAGAAUAGCAAAGAUGACCCAAGUUCCUACCAACAACAUGUUAGACUCAAUCGCCAUGUCCCUUGGACUACUCGGUGGGGAACAGUGUGGCCAAGUGGGCAUCUACAAGAAGCUCUUCAAGGCCAUCUUCCCUCCUCAGCUACUGAUAGAGCCCCACAAUCCUGCUUAUGAGGGUUUUGACCAAAUCUGGAUGUCCGAGAAGGUUUUGGCAUCAGGGUUCAUGCUCUGUCUCGGGGCGGCUUCUCGGACUGACACGGUUUCUGACAAACUUGACAACGAGCUCGCAUUGAGGAAAAGAGAAGGACAGAACCCCACGACGGUAGAAGGACUGCAGUUAAUCGCCGCGGAGGGAAACCCUGCACUAAGCUACUUUUACUCUGCAUGUGACGAGAAUGUCAUCAGAGACGUCUCCCAGACAGAUGAUUCAGUCGCGCUUCAGUCCAUUGGCGAUCAACUCUACACGCAAGCCACGGCAGCUUUUGGAACCCGCAUAGCCGAAAAUGGUAGCGAUACCGGCGAGGAUUUUUUGUUACCCUUCCACAAACCUACCGUCAGUGAUCCGCCAAUGAACUUCAUCAACAUGUUCCUGCAGCGGUUGCGAAACCUUUGGGCGUCAAGGGCAUUUGCGAUCACCGAGAGAGGGUAUAUGGGGUUUGUGCGUCCAGGGACACGCGUGGGUGACGAGGUGUGCAUUCUUUACGGCUGUCCUUCACCUCUGGUUAUUCGUUCUGAUGGGGGCGAAUAUCUGCUCGUAGGAGACUGCUGCUUCGAGGGUAUGAUGCGCGGUGAGAUGGUCAAGAAGCAAGAGGAGGUUGAGUUUGGGCUACAGGAUUUUAUAUUCAAGUGA